AAGUAUAUCUACAAGUUAUAGCAUGGGGCAUACAACUGUUUGGCGAAUCGUUCGAGAGACGACUCAGAUCUUGUGGAACAGAUUAAGUCCAAUAUUUGUGAAGGCCCCAACAAAUGAAGACUACAACUUAAUCGAAAAAGGAUUCAGGGAGCGUUGGAAUUUUCCUAAUUGUAUCGGCGCAGUGGACGGAAAACAUAUAGAUAUAGAAGCUCCAUACAAAUCUGGGUCACAAUAUUAUAAUUACAAAGGAAGAUUUAGUAUCGUGUUGAUGGCAACUUGUGAUGCUGACUACCGAUUCACAACGGUUGACGUAGGCGCCUACGGGAGACAAAGCGAUGCAGGAAUUUUUUCAAUUUCUGCUUUAGGAACCAGAUUAGAAUCAGGACAUCUUGGAAUUCCUGGACCUAAAUUGCUACCUGAAUCAACAAAACAACUACCAUGUUGGAGAUGAAGCUUUUCCAUUAAAAUGUUACAUGAUGAGGCCAUAUCCAGG